AUGCGCUUGACCUCGACGUUUGCGGCGCUGCUGGGCGCGACGCUGUGCUGCGCGGGCGUCUCGCUGGCUGGGCCGGUGGCGUCGCGCGACGAGCCGGUGGCGUUCCAUAUCAAUUGCACGACGCGGUCGGAGCGGCCCGUGUUCAGCAUCGCGCUCGACGACGGCAUCCGGAGCACCGAGUACCACGAGUCGGUCAUCAGCACGUUUGAGCGGCGCGGCCACGUCCCCAUGUUCUUUGUCAAUGGCGACUUUUUUGGGUGCAUCCUGCCGUACCGCGACGAGAUCCGGUCGACGCUGGAGCAGGGGCGGGCGCUGUACGGCUCGCACGGCUGGGCGCACCCGCACGCGCUCGAGAUCCCGCUCGAGGAGUGGGAGCGCGACGUCGAGCUCCUCGAGCUGGCCUACGUCGCCAUGGGCCUGGGCCGUCCGCGCGUCUACCGCUUCCCGUUCGGCGAGCACAACGACGAGCACCUCGUGCGGCUCCGGCAGCGCGGCUACGUCGCCGCCGUGCAGUGGAACCAAGACUCGCGGGACUGGGCGGGCCUCAGCAAGGCCGACGUCGAGGCCAAGCUGCUCGACGACUUUGCCGCGCCGGACCAGCCCAGGAACCUGCUCUGGCUCAACCACGAGGUGCAGGACCUCGACGCCAAAGAGGGCCUCCUCGACUGGGAGUUUGACCAGAUGGCCCAGCAGGGCAAGGACUACGUCGAUAUUCGCCAGUGCAUCGGCGUCCACGGGCCCCUGUUUGCCAAGCCCACCAGGAAGCAGCGCGAGCUGGCCAAGCAACUCGACACCAACGACUGCAAGGCGUUUGCGGCCGCCUACGACCAGCUGCCAGGCCCGCGUGGCCGCAAGUCGCUCUGA